UUGUUCUUCAAGGAUGGAGGCUUCUUGUAAAUCUCUGCCUACAGUUUUGGUAGGAAAGAUUGGUGUUCUUGUGGUGCCUUGAGAUGCCACUGGACAAAGAAGUUAAAAUCUGAGAUGGAACGCUGUAUUAAGCAGAGUUUGUUACUGCAGGGCUUAGAGUGUGCAUUUAUCAGAGAUUGCAGGGUGAAGUAAACGGAAAGAAGGAAUAACUCAAAUCCACUGAAAUAAGUUGAGCAAUAAAGUCUCCUGCAAUGGAGCUUGUCAGAUAAGGUGUUAAAACAGGCAGCACUCAGGCUCCACUGUGUUAAACCCCUCUACAGAUAUGUCUGGAGUGUUUCUUCUCUCAAGUUUCAACACAGCAGCUUUCUGAAAACCUCUAACAUUUCACAGGUCCUGAAUUUUUGAUGCUGAUAUAUUGCUCAGAGUACCAUGAACAGAUUUGUGUGGACAGAGAUAAAUUCUUCUGUUUAAAAGGGGAAAGGCAGUAAAAAUCAGAAGUGUUCUUCUCACGUAGCCUCCCACUCCUUGUGUUCCUUGUUUGUAUUUUUUACCAAUUCCAACCUGUCAGGCUGUGCUGCUUCCAGUUCAUGGCCAGAACACCCUGGGGAUGAUAAGGAGUGGUGGGGCUCACUCACCUUUGUCCUCGAGGCAUUAGCAGGUGAAAUGUGCUGGGUGUUCGCAAGGGACAGUGCUCAUGGGCUGAGCUUUGGAAACAUCAAACUCAUUUUUAUCAGUCCCUGAAUAGGGUUAAAACUCAUGGGUGAUGAAGAACUUUUGCAUCCUCGUGGUUCUUAAAAGAUCUCUUGAUUUCUCCCUCAUGUUUCUGUUGUUCAGUUAACACCCUCUGGUCUGGUUUUGAUGUGAAAUAAAGUUGGGUCCUGUGGAGCCCUAUUUCUGUUUCGGGACAUUUUCCACAAUUCUUAAUUUGCACAGUGUUUUAGAGUCUUUGCAAGGCAUAUCUCCCAUGAUUUUUAUUUUAACUGCAUGGUUCGUGUAUUAAAAAUUAUUAAAUAAUUCUCCUAUUCUCCUAUUUUAGGAAGAAGUUUUUCCUUACCCAGAAAUUAGCAAUGAAGAACUGGCAGAAAUCAACCAGUUUGUGGGACCUGUUGAAAAGUUCUUCAAUGAAGAAGUGGACUCGAAGAAAAUCGAUCAAGAUGCAAAAAUCCCACCCGAAACCUUACAAGGACUGAAGGACCUGGGUCUCUUUGGCAUGCAGAUUCCAGAGGAAUAUGGUGGGCUGGGCCUGUCAAACACCAUGUAUGCACGUCUGGGAGAAAUCAGCUCCCUGGAUGGCUCCAUUGCAGUGACCCUGGCAGCUCACCAGGCCAUUGGGCUGAAGGGGAUCCUCAUUGCUGGCACCGAGGAGCAGAAGGCCAAGUACCUGCCCCGCCUGGCCUCGGGGGAGCACAUUGCUGCCUUCUGCCUCACCGAGCCCGGCAGUGGGAGUGAUGCUGCAUCCAUCCAGACAAGGGCAACCCUGAGUGAAGAUGGGAAACACUUCCUGUUAAAUGGCUCCAAGGUCUGGAUCUCCAAUGGUGGCCUGGCCAGUAUUUUCACAGUGUUUGCCAGGACAGAGAUUGUGGACAAGGACGGGCAGGUGAAGGAUAAAAUCACUGCUUUCAUCGUGGAGCGGGACUUCGGGGGCGUCACCCAUGGGAAACCCGAGGAUAAACUGGGCAUUCGAGGCUCCAACACCUGUGAAGUACAUUUUGAAAACACCAAAGUGCCUAUAGAGAAUGUAAUUGGAGAAGUUGGAGGGGGAUUUAAGGUUGCCAUGAAUAUCCUCAACAGUGGAAGAUUUAGCAUGGGCAGUGCAUCUGCUGGAAUGAUUAAGAAGUUGAUAGAACUGACAUCAGAGUAUGCUUGCACCAGGAAACAAUUCAAUAAGAAACUCAGCCAGUUUGGAUUAAUUCAGGAGAAGUUUUGUUUGAUGGCUGUGAAAGCCUAUGUGAUGGAGAGCACGGCUUACCUGACUGCAGGGAUGAUGGACAGGCCAGGCUUCCCUGACUGCUCCGUCGAGGCUGCCAUGGUCAAGGUGUUCAGCUCUGAAGGUGCCUGGGCAUGUGUGAGUGAGGCUCUGCAGAUCCUUGGAGGCCUUGGCUACAUGAAGGAUUAUCCUUAUGAACGCUACCUCAGAGACACCAGGAUCCUGCUCAUCUUUGAGGGCACCAAUGAAAUCCUGAGAAUGUACAUUGCACUGACAGGGAUGCAGCAUGCAGGGAAGAUCUUAACUGACAAAAUUAAAGCAAUCAAGAAAGGAAACGUGGGAGUGGCGCUGGGGGAGUUCCUGACCAGGUUACAGGACACCCUGGGCAGGAAGGUGGAUCUGGGGCUUGUAGGUGACAGUGGGGUGGUGCAUCCCAGCCUCCAGGAGAAUGCCAAGAAACUUGAAGAAAACGUUUAUUAUUUUGGAACUACAGUCAGGGGCCUGCUAAGUAGGUUUGGCAAGACAAUAGUGGAUGAGCAGCUGGUGCUGAAGAGAGUGGCAGAUGUGGUGAUUAAUUUGUAUGCAAUGACUGCAGCCAUCUCCCGGGCCAGCCGCUCCAUCAGCAUCGGGCUCAGGAACCAUGACCACGAGGUGCUUCUUACAAAUAUCUUCUGCACAGAAGCCUAUUUCAAGAAUAAUUAUGCCAUGGCUCAAUUAGAAAAAUAUGCUGAUGAAAACCUGGAUGAUUCCAUUAAAAAAGCUGCAAAGCAGAUCCUGGAGAAGAGGGCAUACAUCUGCUCUCACCCUCUGGACAGGACCUUCUGAUUCCUCCCUGAGAGCAGGCACUCAUGAAUGUCAGUCAGGGAGGAAUUUGCUGCAGUUCCAGUAUUUGGCAUCUUAAAAGCAUCUGUUAUUUAAUGUCUUUACUAAAUGUAACUGUGUAAAAUAAAACUUCUUUCUAACCAAAA